GUAAAUCUCGGUCACCCUCUCACACUCCUCCUUGUGUCCUCAGCUCCCCCAAACAGUUACAACUGCAAAACAACCUAUACAUAUAGAAUUUAUAUAUCUAUAUCUGUGCGUGUGUAUCGACAUUACACUCAGUUGCUUCUUCAAGAUCCUUCUGUUGUUCGGAAAUGUGGAGGAGAAGUGUGGCUCGAUCUGCCACGGCGGCGGCGACUCUGCGGCAAUCGCGGAAGUUGUCGAUAGUAGCGCCGACGACUCAUACACCUGGUCCGUGUAUUGUUCAUAAACGUGGAGCCGAUAUUCUUCAUGAUCCAUGGUUUAACAAGGAUACUGGGUUUCCCUUGACGGAAAGAGAUCGACUUGGACUUCGUGGCCUCCUCCCGCCUCGUGUCAUCUCAUUUGAGCAGCAAUAUGAUCGUUUCAUGGAAUCUUUUCGAUCUUUGGAACAUAACACAGAAGGCCAACCUCUGAGUGUUGUAUCAUUAGCCAAAUGGAGAAUCUUAAAUAGACUACACGACAGGAAUGAGACAUUAUAUUACCGAGUACUUAUUGAUAACAUAAAAGAUUUUGCGCCUAUAAUAUACACACCAACUGUCGGUUUGGUAUGUCAAAACUAUUCAGGAUUGUUUAGACGUCCACGUGGAAUGUACUUCAGUGCAAAAGAUAAGGGGGAGAUGAUGUCCAUGAUCUAUAACUGGCCAUCUAAGCAGGUAGACAUGGUAGUUCUUACAGAUGGCAGUCGUAUACUCGGUUUAGGUGAUCUUGGAGUUCAAGGAAUGGCAAUACCAAUUGGAAAACUUGAUAUGUAUGUUGCUGCUGCUGGUAUCAACCCUCAAAGAAUCCUUCCUAUUAUGCUUGAUGUUGGAACGAACAACGAGAAACUACUGGAAAAUCCCCUUUAUAUAGGACUUCGACAACCUAGGUUGGAAGGAGAUGAAUAUAUGUCAGUAGUGGAUGAGUUAAUGGAAGCUCUUCACGCUCGUUGGCCAAAAGCUGUUGUACAGUUUGAAGACUUCCAAUUUAAGUGGGCUUUCGAAACUCUUGAAAGAUAUCGUAAGAAGAUUUGCAUGUUCAAUGAUGAUAUACAGGGAACUGCUGGGGUUGCAUUGGCUGGAUUACUUGGAACCGUUAGAGCACAAGGUCUAUCACUGUCAGACUUUGCAAACCAAAAGAUUGUUGUUGUCGGAGCUGGAAGUGCAGGGCUUGGUGUUCUUAACAUGGCCUAUCAAGCAGUUGCUAGAAUGGCAGGAACAGAAGCCAAGCCUCAAUUUUUCCUACUUGAUAAAAAUGGUUUGAUCACAAAUGAGAGACUUGUUAUCGACUCGGCAGCUAUACCAUUUGCCAAAGACAUUGAAGAGGUUAAAAGCUUGGGGCUCCAUGAGGGAUCUGAUCUCCUCGAAGUGGUCAAAAAGGUCAAGCCUCAUGUUCUUCUUGGUUUGUCCGGGGUUGGAGGUAUUUUCAAUGAGCAUGUGCUUACAGCCAUGCGAAACUCUGAUUCUCCCAAACCUGCUAUAUUUUCCAUGUCCAAUCCCACAUUGAAUGCUGAAUGCACUGCUGCCGAUGCUUUUAAGUAUGCUGGUGAAAAUAUUGUUUUUGGAAGUGGAAGCCCCUUUGAAAAUGUUGAUCUUGGAAAUGGGAAAAUUGGUCAUGUGAAUCAAGCAAAUAACAUGUACCUCUUCCCGGGGAUUGGUUUGGGAUCUCUGCUUUCUGGUGCUCAUAUUAUAUCUGAUGGCAUGUUGCAAGCAGCUUCUGAAUGUCUUGCUUCUUAUAUGACAGACGAAGAAAUUCAGAUGGGCAGAUUGUAUCCAUCUAUUGAUAGUAUCCGACAUAUUACUGCUGAAGUAGGAGCAGCGGUGGUUAGGACAGCUGUUGCUGAGGGGCUUGCAGAAGGACAUUGUGAGGUUGGGCCUAGAGAGCUCGCCAACAUGUCAAAGGAAGAGACUGUCGACUAUGUAACAUCCAACAUGUGGUAUCCUAUCUACAGUCCCCUUGUUCAUGAGAAAUAAGCGCAAUAAUAGAGUUCAUUCUUCUGCAGAUGGUAUUGUAUCACUUGCAGACUAUUUUAGUAUCUGAAAUUCAUUGUACAAUUAAAAAUAUGUAGUUGUAGGGGAACUCAGAUUAAGGAGAUAAAUUGCAUGAUAUAUCCCCAAUGUUGUUGUAUGUAUACUUCGCAUCCAAAGUUGCAAACUGUGUUGGUAAUAUCGAGAAUAACUCUAAAUCAUUGAAUGAAAUGUAAAUUUUCGUUUCCGGAA